CCCCGCCGUCGCCGCCGCUACUGAGCCGGCGGCCGGCGCGGCUUUUCCCCUCCGCGGGGCGCGGGCCUCCUCUUCCGCCCGCGCCCGCGCCCCGGGGUCGUCUGAGGGGCGAGAGCCGCUACCGCGCGGCGGUCGAAGAUGGGGAACACCACCUCGUGCUGCGUGUCGUCCAGCCCCAAGCUCCGGAGGAAUGCGCACUCGCGGCUCGAGUCCUACCGGCCCGACACCGACCUGAGCCGCGAGGACACCGGCUGCAACCUGCAGCACAUCAGCGACCGCGAGAACAUCGACGAUUUGAACAUGGAAUUCAAUCCUUCAGACCAUCCUCGGGCCAGCACAAUAUUCCUCAGCAAAUCUCAGACGGAUGUGAGAGAAAAACGCAAGAGUCUCUUCAUUAACCAUCAUCCUCCAGGCCAAACAGCGAGGAAAUACAGCUCCUGCUCCACCAUCUUCCUAGAUGACAGCACAGUCAGUCAGCCGAACCUCAAGUACACUAUCAAAUGUGUAGCUCUUGCAAUAUAUUAUCACAUCAAAAACAGGGACCCGGAUGGAAGAAUGCUCUUAGAUAUUUUUGAUGAAAACCUCCACCCUCUUUCGAAAUCCGAAGUGCCACCAGAUUAUGACAAACACAACCCAGAGCAGAAGCAGAUUUACCGGUUCGUUCGGACACUGUUCAGUGCUGCUCAGUUGACAGCUGAAUGUGCCAUUGUCACCCUGGUAUACCUUGAAAGGCUCUUGACAUAUGCAGAGAUUGACAUCUGCCCCGCCAACUGGAAGCGCAUUGUUCUCGGGGCGAUCCUGCUGGCCUCCAAGGUAUGGGAUGACCAGGCUGUGUGGAACGUAGAUUACUGCCAGAUCCUGAAAGACAUCACAGUGGAAGACAUGAAUGAGCUGGAAAGACAGUUCCUUGAAUUGCUGCAGUUUAACAUCAACGUUCCUUCCAGUGUGUAUGCCAAGUAUUAUUUUGAUCUCCGUUCUCUGGCGGAAGCAAAUAACCUAAGCUUUCCCCUGGAGCCACUGAGCAGGGAGCGUGCGCACAAACUGGAGGCCAUCUCUCGUCUCUGUGAGGACAAGUACAAAGACCUGAGAAGACCCACCAGGAAGCGGUCAGCAAGUGCUGACAACCUGACUCUGCCACGGUGGUCCCCAGCCAUCAUCUCCUAACUGGGGUACCCACUGAAGGCCAUGCCAUCCCUCAGCUUCUCCUUUUGUUUGAGAAAAGACGAACUUGGGGUGGUUUGUUUCGUUUUUUUCUUUUCCUUGUGUUUUUAACUCAUAGCCCCAUUCGGGCCUCCUUCAGUCCUGCCUCCACACGGCAUGGCUGCACAUGCUGAGGCUUUGAGGAAUGUGAGAUCAGUGUUCUGGAAACCUGGUAGCAAGUGUUACUGGCCUACAUGAACAGCACUUUCUUCACGGAGGAAACAGACUCUAAUUAGACCUGAAGGAAGAAAUGAAGAGAAGGGAAGUCAUGUUGAGUCAGAGAGAGUACUUGGUGGCUCGGAUGUUCAGAGGUCCCCUCUGGUCGCGUAGAUAGCAGAUGGAGUCACUUGGUAGGUAGCACAGUAAAGUAAGGAGUGCCAUGUGCCCUUCGGAUCAGUAUGCUCUGUAAGACUUCCUGCAUUCCUUCUUGCUGCUUUCUGGGAUUUGGGGGAUUUUUGUUUGUUUUUAUCUGGUUUGGUUUUGGUCCCACAGAGCAGAGAAUAUAGUUUGUACCCACCACAGCACAGACAUCCAAAUAAAUAGUACUGGUUGUUUCUCUCUGCA